AUGCUCUCAGACCAGGAACUUUUUGAACUCAACAAGAAAGCAGUAAUGCAGGGAUUCAAUAUCCAUCCCCGUAUCAGUUAUAAUACUGUUGGAGGUGUGAAUGGUCCGCUUGUCAUCUUGGAGAAUGUGAAGUUCCCAAGAUACAACGAAAUCGUCAACCUGACUCUUCCAGACGGAAGCACCAGAGCUGGUCAGGUUCUGGAAGUCAAGGGCGACAGAGCCGUUGUUCAAGUUUUCGAAGGUACUUCGGGAAUCGAUGUUAAGAAGACCAGAGUCGAGUUCACGGGAGAGAAUUUGAAGAUUCCCGUGUCUGAGGACAUGCUUGGUAGAGUCUUUGAUGGUUCUGGAAGACCGAUCGACAAUGGCCCUCGUGUUUUCGCAGAAGACUACCUUGACAUCAACGGCUCUCCUAUCAAUCCAUAUGCUCGUAUCUACCCAGAGGAAAUGAUUUCCACUGGUAUUUCUGCUAUCGACACCAUGAACUCCAUCGCCAGAGGACAAAAAAUCCCUAUUUUUUCGGCUUCGGGUCUUCCCCACAACGAAAUAGCAGCCCAGAUCUGCAGACAGGCAGGACUGGUGAGACCGACCAAGGAUGUUCAGGACGGCCAUGAAGAGAACUUCUGUAUUGUUUUCGCCGCUAUGGGUGUCAACCUGGAAACAUCGCGUUUCUUCAAACAGGAUUUCGAGGAGAAUGGUUCUCUGGAUAGAACUUCCUUGUUUUUGAAUUUGGCUAACGACCCUACCAUUGAGAGAAUCAUCACCCCAAGACUGGCCUUAACUACUGCCGAAUAUCUUGCUUACCAGACAGAAAAACACGUGUUGACCAUUUUAACGGAUAUGUCGUCGUAUGCGGACGCCUUGAGAGAGGUGUCCGCUGCAAGAGAAGAAGUGCCAGGUAGAAGAGGUUAUCCUGGUUACAUGUACACUGACUUGUCUACUAUUUACGAGAGAGCUGGUCGUGUGGAAGGAAGAAACGGAUCCAUUACCCAAAUCCCAAUUCUGACCAUGCCAAAUGACGAUAUCACUCACCCUAUUCCUGACUUGACAGGAUAUAUCACCGAGGGACAGAUCUUUGUGGAUAGACAACUCUCAAACAGAGGUGUGUAUCCACCUAUCAACGUGCUGCCGUCUCUUUCGAGAUUAAUGAAGAGUGCCAUUGGUGACGGAAUGACCAGAAAAGACCACGGUGAUGUCAGUAACCAGCUUUACGCCAAGUACGCAAUUGGUAGAGACGCUGCUGCCAUGAAGUCUGUGGUUGGUGAGGAAGCUUUGUCGACAGAAGAUAAGCUGUCGUUGGAGUUCUUGGAGAAAUUCGAAAAAACAUUUAUUUCGCAAGGUGCCUACGAGAACAGAACCAUAUUCGAGUCUUUGGACCAGGCCUGGUCUCUUUUGAGAAUUUAUCCAAAGGAGAUGCUCAACAGAAUUUCUCCAAAGAUUCUGGCCGAAUUCUACGACAGGGAGAGACAAGUGGAGACCAACAAGGAAAACCACAAGGAGUCCGACGUUCCACUGAUCGAUGCAUAA